CAUACUUCAUAUUGUGAUUUACAAUGCAAAAUAAACAAAUGCAAAGUAAGUUGAUUAAUCGAUUAGAGGUAUUGAGAGAGGGAGUUCCAAGAUUUGAUUCAUAUAGGAUGUAACAAUGUUUAUAAAAGAGAGAUGCUUUGGUAGUAUUCAUAAAAUAAUGUGUUGGUUGAUUUUCAUUCACAUCCAAUAUAAGUCAACAAAGGAUGAACGAUUGAAAAAAUAGAAUGAAAUAGUGUUCAUUCAUAGGAGACAGACACAAGACCAAGACUUCCUAGAAACACUUGGAGAAAGAGACUGGAAAAUUCAUCCUUGUCAAGCUUUGAUGUUCAAAUAAUAUUAACGAAGGACUUGUAUACAAAAAGAUCAAAAUGUGGCCACAACCAAAGCCAUUGUUUGUACUUUUUGUCUGUACUCUAAUUGUCAUUAAAGCAUAUGUAUCAGCAUUGGCCAUUGAUCAGCAAACUACUAAAGAGAAGCAUAAGUGGAUCUUUGAAUGUGGUACAUCAAAAAUACCAUGUGAUACAAGGACUGAAUUUUGUGAGGAAAGGAUGGAUCAGUGUAUCCACUGCUUUGAGUACUGUUCAGACGCUCGAAUAAAAGGACAUGCAAAUUAUCAAGCACAGUGUUACAAACAUUGCUCAGUUUACAUGCGGGACAAAGAAAAUGAGAAAUCGAGAAAGCUGGAUAAUCAAGCUAAUAUAUUUGUACAAAGGGUACAAAUGAUGGUUCCAACCACCAACACCACAACUGAUGGCAACCAACAGACUGGCACUACACAAAUGAGCACAAUGAAAAUUGCUUUCAUCAUAGUUACUCCAAUAGUUUUCUGUGUGGCUGUAGUUGUGAUGGUGAUACGGAAAUAUCCCAUCUGUGUGAAUCGCAAGAGAAAGGGACCAAAGGAGUGUGAACGAAAUACAGAGACACUGAUGGAAAUGUUGAAGACAGAUGGAGGACGCGAUCUGCGCACUGAAGGUUCAAGACAAGGUUCUUCUAUUCCAGAUGGUCAACACCAACAUGGAGUUCAUGACACCCCCACUGGUAACUCUCUUAACUCUGAUGUUGCGAAUCUCAAUGACUUCAAUGAAACUGAGCAUCAAGAUGAUGGUCGCACACUAGGAGACUAAAGAACACAAGAUCAUUUUGUUAUUGGCCAAAAAAGUCAUGAAAAAGUAUCACAGAUACUCUUUCUUAGACUUAGUGAAUAAGGGAGUUUAAGGAUACAAUUAUAGUUACAUAGUUGGACUGUAUUGUUGGAUAAACAGUACUGUAUUCAAGUGAUUCCAUCAUGGUCAUAAACAUGUCAUAAAUGUUGAGUUACACCAAGUUAUGCAAGGAUAUGCAUUGGGUUUUUGUUUUAAUUUUAUUAAAGCAAUUGUCAUAAAGGUAAAUUCCCUUUAUUUGAUAAAAAUUCCCAUGUACUUCAAGGUAACUUUAGGAAUUCAGUUGAAGAUUUAUUUCAGGACU